UCAAGAAUCUUAACGCGUUUAAUUGAGAAAGAUUGAUGUACAAGGCAAUGGCAGCAUGCAAGAUCUGUGAGCAGGAACUGGCAGUGUAUAACCAUGGUGGAGUUUACUGCAGAAAUUGCCAGAAUAGAGUGUCAGUUGGAGAUGGACAAGGGGGAAUCCAAGAACCAGGCAAUACCAGUUAUGGAAGAAGGAAGUUUGGGAAUAUUUUGAUGAAGAAGAGUUCAGGGGGCCUUAAAUCUCUCAGUAGUCUGAGCAUUAUGCCAAGCCUAUCGUCGAUCAGUAGCCGGGAGGAACUUCCAAGUGGGAAACGGGCGCUUCUCUGUGGAGUGACUUACCAGAAGGAGAAAUUCAAGCUGAGAGGAACCCUGCAAGAUGUGAAGAACAUGAGGGAUUUGCUGGUUGAACAUUUCAGCUUUCAGCCUGCUUCGAUUCUGAUUCUUGCAGAGGAAGAGCCAUACAGGGCCCCAACCAGGAAGAAUAUACUGGAGGGAUUCAAGUGGCUGAUGAAGAACUUGCGUCCAGGGGACUCCCUGGUGUUUUACUUCUCGGGGCAUGGAUUGAGACAGCCUGAAUUUGAUGGAGACGAGAUUGAUGGAUUCGAUGAAACCAUCUGUCCUCUUGACUUCAAGAGUGAAGGCAUGAUCCUAGACAAUGCCAUCAAUGACAUCAUCGUUAGACCACUCAGACAAGGAAUCAAACUCCAUGCCAUUGUUGAUGCCUGCCACAGUGGAACCAUUCUUGAUUUACCACGUGUUUACAACCGCAAAGAAAAGAGGUGGGCAAAUAAUGAACCUCCAAGUCGUACUUACAAGGGUACACUUGGUGGAAAGGCAAUCUGUUUUGGUGCUUGUGAAGAUCAUCAAAUGGCUGCAGAUACAUCUGCAUUUUCCUCAGGAAAAGAAAUGAAUGGAGCAAUGACAUACACAUUCAUAAGAGCAAUAAAGGAAAAUCCAAAUAUAACAUACGGUGGGUUGCUGAAUUAUAUGCACCAGUCAAUUGUAGCUGCCAAUAGAGGAAGAUGCCUGCCUUCUCUCAAUCUCUUCAACCGCAAAUUGGAACAGGACACUGUUUUAUCAUCUUCCCAAGAUUUUGACAUCAACCAGAAGUUGAAUCUGUAACUUCGACAGUGUGUGCAGCUGAAAGAUAAGUUUGGAGGAUAGCAUCCAGAGACACCCCCAUUGAUUCCUGGCCUCAUCAACAAGAAAUAAAAGAUGAUAAUAUUCUCUGUACACUCCUAUAAUUUUCCAGAUAUAUUUCUCAUUAAGCAUCAAUGCUAUGAACACAAAAACAGAGAGUCAGUUUACGACCAUUUUGAUCAUUAACCACACACAAACAAUACAAUGUAAUAUUCCAUACUAUACAGAAGGUAAUAGAUGUUGGGUUUCAUCUAAUCGGACAAAGAUUCAUAAAGGAAUGCCUUCAAGUGUUUGACAAA